CAUCCAGUACGGGUUUGGUUGUGUGUGACGACGCGUGACCUGUACCUUAUAAAGGACCCGAAGAGAUCCUCCGGGAAAGACGCACCAGUUCUUACAAAAAAAAAAAGGAUUCAAAGAGAGGAUUGUUCCACACAAUGCCCCACACUGGUCAGGCUGGAGUAAAUCAAUUAGGUGGAGUGUUUGUCAACGGGAGGCCUUUACCAGAUUGUGUUAGGAGAAGAAUUGUGGAACUUGCACUGCUAGGAGUGCGACCUUGUGAUAUUUCCAGACAACUUCUAGUCUCCCACGGUUGUGUGUCAAAAAUUUUGACUAGAUUCUAUGAAACAGGAUCGAUUAGACCUGGAUCAAUUGGUGGCUCCAAAACCAAGCAAGUAGCUACUCCGACCGUAGUCAAGAAGAUCCUCCGAUUCAAACAAGAAAACCCAGGUAUGUUCGCUUGGGAAAUUCGGGAACAACUGAUCACACAGCGUGUAUGCGAACCUCACAAUAUCCCAUCAGUUAGUUCUGUGAAUCGUAUUCUUCGGAAUAGUGGAGUUUGGCCAGAUCCACCGGACACCAUGUUACCUCCUUCAAGAACUGCUUAUACAGAUUCAUCUAUCAAACGGGAACUUUUCACUAAAACACCAAUUGGCCUACCUUAUAUACCAUUCCAUGAGCAGUACGCGACCAAUAAUAGGCUAGCAACACUUCAACAACAAUUGCAUGUAGCAACAGGUUCUAUAGAACACACAGGAACGAACUGGACAAAUCUGGUGAUUCCCUGUCAAGAACAAUAUGAAACGCAGAAUCAAGUACAAGAUAAAAAAUCAGAAAAAUCAACAGACACCAAGAAGAAGAAUCCUUAUUCCAUUGAAGAGUUGCUCAAGAAGCCAAACAAAAAAGUCAAACCUUCUAGUCCCUUUCUUAGCUAUUGCAUGAAUUUCCAGCAACCAUACGGUGUUCUAGUGUGUAACGAGGACCGAAAAGAACCUAGUGCUGAGCCUAGUGAACCAGAUGUAGACAGUGAUUUAGAUAUAAAAGUUGAUGUGAAUGAUUGAAUUUUUAUUAGUUUUGUAUGUUAUUUAUUGUAAAUUAUUAUUAGGUCCUAAGAUACUGUGAAGUAGACGAAGAAUUCAAGAAAAUUCUUGCUUAGUCAGUCAUAUUUAAUUUGUAAAUAAAACAGGAUGCUCCGAAA